AUGUCACCAACAAGCGCUGACGUGCCGUCCGCGGUGAACAAUGGUCCAGAGUCUGGACCGGUCCGACCGGAGUCUCUCACUAGAGCCAACAACCUUCCAUCAGCAGGGGCUGCAGCGGCUGAUAUGUUUCGUCAAUUCGUGACUCGACGCUUGAGGAACAGAAAGCGACGGCCAGUUUACGCGGAUAUCCCCCUUAUGCCUGUCCUUAUACAACCCCUCCCGGAAACCCCAGAACAAGAAAACAACGAAGGAUUAGCCGUCCCUACGUUGAAGGAUGUCCUUGGCAAUGUCUUUAUGCCACAAGACGCAUCUCAAGAUCUCGAGGAUCCAUCUCUCGAGUAUGAUAACAUCCGUCCUUACUUGCAUCCCGACGGUUGCGAGGUUGAAGAACGAGAGCGGGUAGUAAAUGAGAUAAAACGGCUAUUGGAUGUGUUAGAGAGUCCGGAUACGCCACUGCUCCUAAGAAACUGUCCCAGACUCGAAAAGUUGAAGGGUACCUCGGUCGGGUAUCGAGCCCUCGAUCUCAUCACUGCCAUUCUUUGGGAGGGAUGGCGCAUCUGUGGACUCGACAACUACGGCGUCAGCAUGUUACAUUGCCCUAUUAAAGAUCCUAGCCCGACUGAAUUACAAAGGAUAAUGAAGAAAAUCCGUACGCGAUGCUCACCAGAGAGGGUAGCCAUCCAUAUGCGCAACAUCUUCACCUUAAAGGAUGAAGAAGACGGGAGUCCAGUCUGGCCAAGAUACAACGAGUUUGUCGAGGACGCUAAAGCAGUGAUCGACUUGAUUACAGAAUCCAUUGCACGGUUCUUCACGCAGAUUGCCCUCGGUGUAUCCUGGCGUAACCAUCAACUUGCUGCGAUUGCAAGAUUUUCGGCAAAACUGAAAGUCCUUAUUCGAGAUAUCGAAGCGAGUGCCAUUACAUCGCUGGACAUUGCGUCUCAAGUCUUUGACAAAGCCCUUGGCGUCAAUUCUGACGGAGAAGAAUCCGUGUCGCGGCCUGGUGUUAUGGAACAGAUAGAAGACAUUGGAACCACUUUCCAGGCAGAAAGGGGUCGAUUUGGUCAACCCGACCAUGUCUACGGCAACGACGACGAUGACGAUGACGGCACCCCGUCAAAAUCAGCAUACACCUAUUGGUUUGAGCAGCAGCGAGCUCGUGAAGGUUUAAUGAUGGCAUUUGACUGCGUGCUAUUCCUACUUUACACGGGGGAUAAUCACCCAGGGUACGGCAUCACGGAGUUCGAGAUUUGUGGUUUUGUGAUGGAGACUGGGUUUCAUGAGAAAACGCUGAUCUAUCAAGAUCGAGACUUCGAGUAUAGCGGAACAUCUGAUCCUGACCACCUGAACAUCGCACACGCAGCCUUUCGGAUGCUCAAUGCUGCCCUUCGACAUCUUCACGAGCACAGAACUUGUACCACAUCACUCCAGCCCCCCGCGCCUAGCCCUUCGGUCUCCAGCGCUUCGCCGCCAGGUAGUGCCUCAGAAACAAAAACGAUUAUUGAGUGGAGCUAUUCGCUGCUCGAUUCACCGAUAAGUCAGGAAGGGGCGCAAGGAAAUAGAUCAUUCAAUCGCAAGUCAGUCAAUACCGGAGAAAUUGUGUACGAGCUAAAGAAUAUGAAGGAAAUCAUUACUGUUCUGGUACCCUUGGCAUUAGCCUCUCCAAUGGGAACCACCAUCUCAAGACAAUUUCUUGAACUAUUUUACGGAACGUUACGAGAUCCGAAUGACGUCCUGAAACUGGCCGCUGAGGACUCGUUCACGGCCUUCGUUCGGCUCUACACAACCGAUUUCGAAAAAACAUACCGCAAGCUCCAUCCACCGGACGUCCAACAGCUGGCUUCCCUGGUCAAGGAGGAUCGCUUCUCCUACAUCAGUCUGCUAGAGGUCGAAAGCCCAAAGUUGGAACCGGCGAAGAACGGUGUCCAAAGCGAAACAGAAGCCAAAAAAUUCCGAGAAGAGCGUGAAAAAGAGCUUGCACGCUGUCACGACCUCAUGGACGCAUGGGUGUACACGGAGGACGCAGUGAUCGUACCGUGCGGACGGUAUGUCUGGACCGUCAUCGCAGGAGUCUCGACCUUGGUAGGUGGAGGGAUGGCAAUUGGCUUGAGCGUAGGAGAGCGAAUCGAAGGCGUUGACCCCUUCAACAUCACCAUGUUUGUUUGGGCUGUUGCUGCCCUCGUGCUGCUCAUCUGCAAGGCAAGUUUGGUUGAGCACUGGUCAUGGAACGACUUCCUGCAUCAACGCGUGAAGUGCCGGUCGGUUUCGGAACUGCAGGCUGUUACUGGCAUCCCUGAUCAACUUAUCAUUGCGAGGCUGCUGCAUGAUGAGAAAGAUUCCAUCUUGAAGACCCGGGGACCGUUCAACACGAUAUUCUUGAACAAGGCUGCUGAUGGUGUUACUGGGUUUUCUAUAGACGUACCGGUGAGAAACAAGACGCUGCUGCUCAGCGGUCUUGUCAUGAUCAAAGUCGAGACAUGCUUGGGGCAUGCCGUUGUCUGUCUAGACGCAAGAAGGGGGAAGCAAUUCACUACGGUUUCGCACCGUGAAGUCGAUACAGACCAGGAGUGGCUGAUGUGUCCGAGCAUCGACCGGUUGGCACAUAAUUUUGCGACUAAACAGUCUGCACGACGGAGAUACCCAUUAAAAAAAGGGCAGCUGAACUGGAGGAAGGUCGAGGGAGUUUAUAAUGCUCUGGAUGCCGAGUUCGUGUGA